AUGCACAAUAUCUCUGUUCUAGCUCUUUCUGACUCACUUUUUCUUUGUCUCUCUCUGUGUGUUCUCUAAUGGGUUCAGUGGAAAUAGAAACCGACGAGCCUCUAACACCAGCAGGAAGGCUCUUCCUCCGACCUGAAAUAAACCAAGUAAUAUACUGUGCCAUAGGGUUAAAGAACCCCAUAGACCCAGAGUCUAUCAAAACCGAGGUGCUCAAUUCAUUGAUGCUCAAGCACCCAAGGUUCUCUAGCCUCAUGAUCCGUGACUCCAAUGGCAGAGAACACUGGCGCCGCACCCAUAUCAACCUCGAUGACCACCUCAUUAUCCUCCACAACCCCAUCAAAGAAGGCGACUUACUCGAUGACAAAGACCAUGAAUCAGCUGUGAACCACUUCUUAGCCGACAUCUCUACAAGCUCAGGACUCAGCUACGACAAACCCUUGUGGGAAAUCCACCUCUUGCUUGCUCACAAAUGCCUUGUCUUUCGCCUUCACCACGCUUUGGGUGAUGGGGUUUCGUUGAUGUCCAUGUUGUUGGCUUGUUGUAGGAGAAUCGAUGGUGAAGAAGGUUUGCCUAGGAUACCUUCUUUUGAGAACAAGAAGAGUAAUAGUAGUAGUAGAAGUGGUGGUGGUUGUAGUGGGAGUUGGUGGAGGUUGUACUUGCACUAUUUGAUUGUUUUGUGGGGGUUCGUGAAGAUGGGUUCGUUUAGUUUGGUUUUUGUGGUGGAGUUUGUGCUAAGAGCUUUGUGGGUUCGUGACCGGGAAACCGUCAUAAGCGGCGGAGAAGGGGUGGAGCUCUGGCCAAGAAAACUCGCCACUGCAAGGUUCUCGAUUCAGGACAUGAAGGUGGUCAAGAAAGCCGUUCCUAAUGCGACCAUUAACGACGUUCUUUUUGGGGUAAUAUCAUCAGGGUUAUCGAGAUACCUAGAUCACCGAGGAUCAAAUGCUCUGCAGCAGGGGCUUCGAAUGACAGGGGUAGCCAUGGUUAAUUUAAGAGGGCAAGCAGGAUUGCAGGAUCUAUCAGCUCUGAUGAAAGACAAUUCAGUAUCACCUUGGGGUAACAAAUUUGGCAUGAUUCUCUUGCCUGUUUAUUAUCAUACCAGUGGUGCUGAUCCUGAUCCUCUACAGUAUGUGAAGAGAGCUAAAGUGAUGAUUGACAGGAAGAAACACUCUGUAGAGUCUCAUUUCUCAUACAAAAUUGGGUAUCUUGUAAUGACGUACUUGGGAUCAAUGGUCGCGGGCUUGCUUAAUUACCGGAUUAUUUGUAAUACUAGCUUUACAAUCUCAAAUGUGGUUGGCCCACAAGAAGAGAUCGCAGUUGGAGACAACCCUAUAACUUACAUGAGGGUGAAUUCAUCAAGCUUGCCCCAUGCACUCACAAUGCACAUGCUGAGCUAUGCAGGAAGGGCUGACAUGCAAAUUUUGGUGGCCAAAGAUAUCAUCCCUGACCCAGAAUUUCUUGCCAAGUGUUUUGAAGAGGCCUUGCUUGAAAUGAAAGAAGCAGCUGCAGCCACCAACAAAAGCUAGGAGUAACUUGUUUGUUGUAUGUUUAAUAGUUUCUCAUACACGGUAACGCGGAAGAUUAUUUGAGCCAAGUUGCCAUACAAAAUUAUUUUUAAAAGCAGAGAUGGAUAAUUUGAUUUAUAGAAUCUAUUGCUUUAGGAGCUCAAGAAUAAUUUUUCAUGAUUUUAUUGGAACGUUGUAAAUGUCUUCUGUCUGGAAUGAUAUUUCAGAAAACAAGCAAAGCCUUCGAGUAACAAUCGCUUGCAAGGCUAAUUAGAAUUCACUUUGUUAAAUAUCAAGUGGUCACGUGAUAAGAGUGAAA